AUAAAACUCAGUUUCAUUUGUCAACAUAACAUUUAAAUAAUAUGCAUUUUGAAGACAUUGAUAAAUGAAACGCAGUAUUUUACAUUAUAAAAUUAGUAUAACGCACUUGGAUAAUCUGCGUUAACAUGGCGGUUGGGAAACUGUUCACGGCCAUAGUGUGUCUCGGAUUAGGAAUGGCGCUAGGAACAGAACUUCAAAUCGAGUACUAUGAACCCGCCCAUAUAGACUGUGAUCACACAGCAUAUAACUUCACCAGUGACAAAACCAUCAUGGAACAAUACUGGCUCCUACCCAAUGGAAACAUUAUACAAAGUUCCAGCAACAAAUCAGAUAAUCACAUUGUAAUGUACCAAAACUUCUCGAUCACGAUAAACAAGAUUUCUGACCAGGAUUUCGGGUACUAUUACUGUCUGCUAGUAAGAUCUGAUUACAGUGUUGACAGAAUAGUUCAUGGUCUGAACACGGACGGGCCUUAUUACGGCGACCUGCUGAAGAAGUACACACACAAGGCGAUGAUUGGCGGCAUCGCGGCCGGAACUCUGUUCGUUGUGCUGGCGGGCUGCUGUGUCGUGUGGCAGUUCCACUACCAUCGUCGGGCGCGCCGGAACGAGGCGGUGGACGAGUUGGAUAAGACGAUCAAUGGUUACGACUUAAAGGCUUACGACAAUGUUGGUUUGGAGGUGGAGGCUAACGGGGAAGCGCCGUUGUCCGUGGCGGCGCAGGGCGUCAAUGAGAAGACUGAAGAUGAUAAGUUCUAGUGGGGAAGGCGUGAAAGUGAAGUGGAUUUGAUACUUUUAGAUCAGUUAUAUAUAAGUAAAGAUGGUGGCUAUGAGUAAGGCCCCUAUCUCAGGUGAAGGUGGCUGGUGCGUAUACUGCAUAUAUGAAUGCACUGAACCACUUGUGUUGACAAUAUAUUGGUCCACAUGCGUGCUUGAAAACCAAGUUAAUACUUUGUGGAAAAUAUUUUAGAAAAAUAGCUUCUGGUAUUGCUAAUUUGAGUAAUUUCAGAGUGACGAACCAAUAAAAAACGAUGUCAUUUCUUUUUGUGUAUAAAAUCUAGACAACAAUCAUGCUUAGGUGGAUAUAUGUAUUGCUUUAUUACCAAUGUUACAUUGUCUAAAAUAAAUCGAGUACAGUAUGUAA